AAAAGGAAUACGUCAUGUGUCAAACUUCUAUAUAGUUCUUUUUUCCCAUUUAUAGGUAGGUACAAGAAUUACCUAAUUAAACUUCAUGCAAUGGAAACACAGAGUCAAGAACUACUGCAAAAUCCACAAGAAAUUGAGAAACACGACACUUAUGAAGAAGAAAACAAGGUAAAUCUAGAUAUUUUAUUAGAUCUGAAUGUUCCUAACAACUAUUGUGAGUCCAAUCUAGUCACCACAACAGAUGAUUCUUCCAAAACUUUAUCAGAUGAUUACACCCGCGGCUCUGAAUUAGAGCCGCGGUAUUUCUCUUGUAAUUACUGCAAGAGAAAAUUCUAUAGUUCACAAGCAUUAGGAGGACACCAAAACGCUCACAAGAGAGAGAGGUCAAUUGCAAAAAGAGGACAUAGGUUUAUAGGAACACACAUGAUGCUGUCACCAACAGGAACAACCUCAUUUUUUCAGAAUCAUGCUAAUAGCCAUAGUUUUAGACCACUUGGAAUUAAGGCUCACUCUAUGAUUCAGAAGCCUUUUCAUAACUUUUCAUCCAAUGGAUUUGGAAGCACUUAUUAUGGAUAUAAUGGUUGGUCAAGACCACUUAUUAUGAAUCAACAACAUGGAAUAGGAAAGUUAGCUAUGGAAACUUUCAAGGAAACAGGUUUAUCAUCACAUGGAAGUGUUGGUAGAUUCCAAGGGGUUGAAGAGGACAUGGUGAAUCAAGAAGAGGUGAAGCACCUUGACUUAUCCUUAAAGCUCUAAGCAUGUGUUCUUGUAGUAUAGAUUAGUCAUAGCUUCUUGGUAAUUAUAGGCAUAGCUAAUUAGCAUUUAGCCAAAUUUAUUUUCUAUUGUUUGUAAUCAUUUAUUGUGUUAACCUUUUUAUGAUCUUGUAAGGAAUUCUCUUAUUA